AUGGUCGGGCGCCCUCGCCGGGCGUCUACGUCUAGUGUCGAUACGGUAGACAAUAAUCGAGUCUCGUGGCGCCAAGAGAAAUCCGUCAUACGAUACGAGCCCGGUCCUAUAGACCCAGAAAAGUGCUUCGAGCUCAGAGACGCUGUAGUCCUCAACAAGGACGGACACACCCUUGAGAAUGCUCUCGAUGUGGCGAGUCGAGGCCCCUACACCAUCCGUGGCACUCUGAUGAUCGAUCCUGAUCAGAAACAUCAUCUUAUUACACGAGUGGGUUCAUCGACGCCUUUGGAAGUUAAGAAAUGCGAUAUGUACUCUAUCGGAGAAAACGCACAAAACGUACCCAUUAUCUGGGUUCAGGGCACAUGCGCUUUCUACGAGAUCACCCCUUCACCAGCCUACACCCCCAUCUACAAGAAGAUGCGAGAGGCUGUGCUACUCUAUUAUCGUCUCCUGGACAUCUACUCACGGAAGCGACCGGGCAAAGCCAAGAAGAGCAAGAAGGACAUUCAGAAGGAUCUGUACCAUGUGUUCCAUCAGUACGCUACCCAUAUCGGAGACGGCUCGACUCUUGCGGCAGUCAAGAACAGAUGCGAUGAACAUGCAUCUUUCUUGAUUUCACAGUGCCUCCAGGACCUUGAUGAGGUUCAUUGGCCUAAUACCCCUUUCUUCAAAUGGCUGAUCGACAGACACCCUGAAAUCUAUAACAAAGAGGUAGAUCGUCUGAGUAAACCUGCCAAACCUCUACGGUCCCCCUCCGUCGAGGCUCGUGACUCCCAGGCAUCGCAAAUACUACCUUCACGAACCCGCAACGGUUCUUUGGCUCCUUCUACUAUCCGUAGCAACGCUACUCCAGAAAUCACCCAGCUUGAGGACAGCCCUCCUCCACAACGAGCAUCUAGGUCACGGUCUACUACUCAGAGGCUCGACGAUGAAGUUCUUGACUCAGCCAGUUCUUCUCAGCCCUCGAGGGAUGUAUCAGUAGUUCCGAGACCUACCAGUGUGCAGUCCUCAGCAAGUACUCCAUCUGUCGCUCCUCUCGCGAGUGAUGCACCUGGCUCAGCAAACGCUGGUAACGAAACUCCCUUUCAGAGUGUAUUGAAUGCUCUCGAGCGGGUUCGUGAGGAGAUUAGCAGCAAGUCAAGCAAAAAUGGCUUGACUGAAUCUAUUGUCAUCAAUGGGCUCUAUUUUGCCUACAGCUUUCCCGGUUACAAAAGUAGCCAAACAGCAUCUCACGCAAUUCCAGUCAAGGAAGUCCUUCACUACAACGCUCGUGCCCUUCUCCAGGUCAUCGACAAAGAGAAAUACCACGGUUCUGAACCCGGGUUCUACUCAUGGUUAGAAGAGGUCUCCCAAAAACCAUUCGACCCCGUCGCCAUGGAGCCCACAAAGUUCCCAUUCCAUCUUAUACCACGGAAGCGAUCCGCCAAACCAUCGCAACCGACACUCAUCCAGCAAACUGAAGUGACCCCGAUGAACCUCGAUGACGACUUCUCCAGUCCUACAUACUCCUCGCCAGCCGGUAAGAGCCUCAGGAGGCCUGGUCGUCCAUCUGGUGUCAAGUCAAGCCUUCGUUUAGCAACCGCUUCGAAGAAGCGACAUCACUCUGAUGUCGACAGUGAGUCUGAGGAAGAAGAGACAGAGCCCAAGAAGUCACAUUACUUUUCCGGCGAGGACGACGCCAUGGAGAAGGAUGACCACCAGAGUUUGUCUGGGAUUGAAACAUCUGGCGGAACCUCCAAGGAGCCUAUCAAGAUUUUCCUAAGGGCAGACAAUAUUCCAACAACUAUCCCACGUGGCCCAGAUGAGACUUGGGUCUGUGAAGAAGAAGACUGCGGGUUUGUGGUCCGCGGUGGCGACAUUCGAGAUUGCCGAAGCCGCAUCAGGAGUCAUUUCAACGAGCAUGAGCAGCAAAUGGACCGUGUGAAUCUCGCAAUGACAGAGGCUUCACGCGGGGAUGUUAACUUAAAGUAUGCAUAUUUUCCUCCUUUUCUUAUUCUUGUCGAACUGCACACCCCUUACGCCUCUGCCACCCCAAGAACUCCACUACCUGUUCGUGAAGCGAUCGGUACUGCUGCUUCAACUCCCACUGUGGCCAACAGUCCCGUCGCCUUGCACAUUUAUCAACCCCAGACGCCUACACCGUCGCCCAGAAAAACUUCGAGACCUGUUACCAAACCCAAUUUCAGGUCGAUGGUCGAUGGGUUUCGAAGACGCCCUCACCCUGUACACCUUAUGGAAAAGCUCAAGAGUUUGGGUGAAAAAUCACAGGCUACCGAGCAGCUUGUGCUUGACAACGUCACAUUACCCCAGCGUAUCAAACGAAAUCUUCUUGUUUGA